GGUGCGUCUGCGCAUAAACGAGGCGCGCCGGGGCGGCUGGAGCGGUUCCCUCUCAGGCGGCGCCAUUUUGUGCUAGGAGCCGAGACACCACCGGCCCGGUUCUGUGUGAAGUGGGCGGCGGAGCCAGGGUCCCUGGAAUGGCGGAGACUCUGUCAGGCCUAGGCGAUUCAGGUGCGGUGGGCGCAGCAGCUCUGAGCUCCGCCUCGUCGGAGACCGGGACGCGGCGCCUUAGCGAUCUGCGGGUGAUCGACCUGCGGGCGGAGCUGAAGAAACGGAAUUUGGAUUCCAGCGGCAACAAGAGCGUUCUCAUGGAUCGCCUGAAAAAGGCAAUUGAAGACGAAGGGGGUAAUCCUGAUGAAAUUGAAAUUACCUCUGAAGGAAACAAGAAAACUGCAAAGAGGUCCAGCAAAGGACGCAAACCAGAAGAGGAGGGUGUGGAAGAUAACGGGCUAGAGGAAAACUCUGGAGAUGGACAAAUUGAGGACAAGGACACUAUAAACAAUGUAGAUGCAUCGUCAUCUGAUUUCACUAUAUUGCAGGAAAUUGAAGAGCCGUCCCUGGAGCCAGAAAAUGAGAAAAUACUCGACAUUUUGGGGGAAACUUGUAAAUCUGAGCCAGUAAAAGAAGAAGGUUCCGAGGUGGAGCAGCCAUUGGCACAAGAUACAAGUAGCGUGGGGCCAGACAGCAAGCUUGCGGAAGAGGAGGACCUUUCUGAGCGCGCUCACCCGGAGGAGGAGCAGGAGGAAGGCGGUUUAGAUUUGGCCAGCGAGUCAACAGACGCUCAGAGCAAGGCAGACACCCCGUUAGCGGUAGUGAAAAGGGAGCCGGCGGAGCAGACAGGCGAUGGCGAGAGUGCGGACUGUGAGCCCGUAGGGCUAGAGAAGCCAGGUGAACAGAGUAGUAAAGCCCCAGAAGACGCGGACGCCUCUAACAAGGAGGUGGCGGCGGAAGCACCCCGCGAAGCCUCAAGCCCUGAACCCAGAGAUAGCAAAGAAGACGCGAAGAAGGGUGACUUUGAAGCUUGUAAUGAAGUCCCUCCGGCUCCUAAAGAGUCCUCAGCCAGUGAGGGCGCUGAUCAGAAAAUGAGUUCUGGCGAAGAUGACUUGGAUACAAAACGGCUUUCCAAAGAAGAAAAGGGUCGGAGCAGCUGUGGAAGAAAUUUCUGGGUCAGUGGACUUUCUUCCACCACCAGAGCUACCGAUCUGAAGAAUCUUUUCAGCAAGUAUGGAAAGGUGGUGGGCGCCAAGGUUGUGACCAAUGCCCGGAGUCCUGGAGCUCGCUGUUACGGUUUUGUCACCAUGUCUACGGCCGAAGAGGCCACAAAAUGCAUCAGCCACCUGCACAAAACCGAGCUCCAUGGGAAAAUGAUUUCAGUGGAAAAAGCGAAGAACGAACCUGUUGGGAAGAAAACCUCUGACAAGCGCGAGGGCGAUGGGAAAAAGGACAAGUCGAGCACCAGUGACAGAUCCACAAACCUUAAGAGGGAUGAAAAAGCCGACAAGAAAGACGAUGCUAAAAAGGGUGAAGACGGAAGUGGAGAAAAGGGUAAAGAUCCAGAUGAUCAGAAAUCCAGCCCCUCAGAGCGAUCUCGAACCACAAAGUCAGGGAGUCGUGGCACUGAGCGGACUGUGGUCAUGGACAAGUCUAAAGGUGUGCCUGUCAUUAGUGUGAAAACAUCUGGCUCUAAAGAGCGGGCUUCCAAGAGUCAGGAUCGCAAGUCAGCCAGCCGGGAGAAACGUUCCGUUGUAUCCUUUGAUAAAGUCAAGGAGCCUCGAAAGUCAAGAGACUCAGAGUCCCGCAGGGUGCGCGAGCGCAGUGAGCGGGAGCACCGCAUGCAGGCUCAGUGGGAGCGGGAGGAACGGGAGCGGCUGGAGAUCGCCCGAGAGAAAUUGGCGUUCCAGCGACAGCGGCUAGAGAGAGAGCGCUGGGAGCGGGAGCGGCUGGAGCGCGAGCGGAUGCACGUGGAGCACGAGCGCAGGAAGGAGCAGGAGCGCAUCCACCGCGAGCGCGAGGAGCUGCGGCGUCAGCAGGAGCUGCGCUAUGAGCAGGAGCGGCGACCCUCAGUGCGGCGCCCCUACGACCUGGACGGCCGGCGAGACGAUGCCUAUUGGCCAGAAGCCAAGCGGGCUGCUCUGGAAGACCGCUACCAUUCUGACUUCAGCCGCCAGGAGCGUUUCCAUAGCUUCGACCACCGAGACCGCGGCCGCUACCCCGACCACUCGGUGGACAGGAGAGAAGGUUCAAGGUCAAUGAUGGGUGAAAGAGAAGGGCAGCACUAUCCUGAGCGCCACGGAGGACCAGAGCGCCACGGCCGGGACUCCCGCGACGGGUGGGGUGGCUAUGGCUCUGACAAGAGGAUGAGUGAAGGCAGGGGACUGCCUCCCCCUCCCAGGGGCAGACGUGACUGGGGGGACCACAGCCGAAGACUGGAAGAUGACCGUGCAUGGCCGGGUGGUGCCGAGGGAAGCAUGAUGGACAGGGACCACAAGAGGUGGCAAGGUGGAGAGAGAAGCCUGUCUGGCCAUUCUGGGCCGGGCCACAUGAUGAGCCGGGGAGGGAUGUCGGGGCGGGGCGGCUUUGCCCCCAGUGGAGCCUCCCGGGGCCACGUGAUGCCGCGCGGCGGGAUGCAAGGAGGAUUUGGAGGCCAGACCCGAGGGAACAGACCCAACGAAGCCCGCUUCACUCGCCGCUACUAACGCUUUCCCACCCAUGUCCCUGCCCUGUGGCCCCCAGAGCCUCUUCUGUUAGGAAUUCUUGAUCUGUGUACAAAUAAAACUUUUUUUUUUUAAUCUGCUGCCAUAUUGUAGCUCAAUACAAUGUGAAUUUGGGUUCUUGUUUUGUUUUGGUUUUUUGUAAUAAAUGUGUUUCUGUUCACAUACCCUUUAA